AGAAGGCCGUGGUGGCCGCCGCCAUGUCGGUCAGUUCCCAGAGAGAGAAGCGUCGCCGUAACCAAGCGAAGAGCCCGGAGGCGGGGCAAGUAGCGGGACCGGAGUCGCGGCAGGACGGAUGGAGCCGAGGGACGGGCGGAGCCGAGGGCGGCGCGGAGCCGAGGGCAGGGCGGAGCCGAGGGACCGCGGGAGCCGCCGAUCGCCGGGAGAAGGACGUUGCGCCUGAGGGUAGAGCUGGAGCCUCGCAAAUGGUCGGACUUCGUUUGCAGUCUUUGGUUCCCGUGAACUUCUGUUCCCGUCCCUCAGCACCGCCCUUCCCUCAGCUCCGCCCGCCCCCCGUCGGUCCCGCUACUUGCCCCGGCUCCUCCCUCGUCGCUUGGUUACGGCGUCGCUUCCGUCCCUGGGGACCGACCGACAUGGCGGCGGCCACCACAGCCUUAUCGUUCUCCUUCGCCUCCUCCUCCUCCUCGGCGUUGCUGCGCCCGGGCUUGGCGCCGCUGAGGCGUUGGCGAGCCCUCACCGGCCCGGCUCCGCGGGCCGCCUGCAGCGCCAGCAGCUCCCCCUGCAGUGCCGACAGGUACGCGGCGCCCAUCGGGGCGUUUUUUCCUCGUUCCUUCUUCCUCCUCCUCCUCCUCGGUCCCCUCACGCCGCGGCGGGAAGCGCGCGCCGCGCUGGGCGGGCGAAAAGGGCACGAAAGGCCUGAGGGGGCGGCGGGCUCGGCUCCCCUCGGGAUCGGCCUUGGCGGUGGAUGGCCUCGGAUCCCCGACGAGUUCGGCGGUUCUUCCCGGGAAAACGGAGGUGUGUGCCAGCGGGAUGGGGGGCGGCGAGCGGGCCCGGCCCUGGCCUCGGUGGUCCAACGGGGAUUUAAGCGGUGCGCCUGGAAGGAGCCCUUGCGGUGUGAUUUUCCUGUCCCCUCCUCGAGGGGAAGCUGGUAUUACACGUUUGUUUGCUCCUGGUACCUUAAAGAGCCUCUCCGUGGUUUUCUAGAGCAUUACCAUGUGUAUUAAUGACGUGGUGGCAAGCAGGACACAGUUUGGUGCAGUGAGGACCGUUGUCCUGACAUUAAUCACCGCGCUGGUUUAAUUUAUUGUGCUGUCUGCGCAGGGAUUCCUGUGGUAGUGUUGUAGCCCAGCACCUCCGAGCAGUUGCCUGGGUGUGGAUGGGAGGGUUUCACUGGGCUCCUGCUUGUCAGCCUUUGCGUUUAUAUUGGAGUUGUCUUAAAUGCUGACUGAAAGUUGUCUCUGUUCAGCAGAACCCAAGCGCCUGUGCUGCAAGCAUUGUCUUUGCUCUGUGUUUUCAAAGGUGAAAAGAUGAGGAAGCUGAACAGUCCUUGAAAUACGUAUCUGCUGUUCUGUCUAUGGAGAAUUGAUUCUGCCAGUUUUGGCACAAGCAGGUGUCUUCCCAGAGCAAUGCAUAUCCUGCUUCUGUUCUGUGCUGCUAGUAAGUGUUUUUUGCAGUUGUGCAAAAGGGAGAUGUUCCUGCCAUAAUGAUUUUCCAGAGGUGUUUGUGUGGUGUGUAUGGGACGUGGAGAAUCCUGUUGUGAUGCUCCAUGUGAUCUUGGGCUUUUAGUGUAUAGGUUGAUCUGAGACAGCACCUGAGAUCUUUGUUUCUGUCCUGCCCUGCAAGUGACUGGAUUAAUUUACAAGAAGAAUUGAGUAAGUGAACUUCCUGUUGUAAAGUCUCGCUUUACUGGGUUCAGAAUAAGAGCAUCCGUGCUCUAGGAGACCAGUGGGACAGGGUGGCAUAGUAACACAUCUGAAAUCUGUCAUUUAACCUGGUCAUUACAUCUGUCAUAAAUGUCAGUAAAUCUGUCACUGACCAACAGCUGGUCAAGGUUUUCAUGUGGCUAAUGUUUAAAAUAAUAAUAGUAAGAAUUCACUUCCUAAUUUCAGUGUCUUGAAUAGCUCCUGCAAUGUAACCUUUCUGUACAGCUGAAGCUUUCCUUGUUCAAGUGGUUCUUGUAUAAUAAUUCCAUCGAAGGACGUAGACUAUCUGGAUUCUAAACCUGAGAAGCACCAACAUAUUUUGGUAUUUAGUAUUUAGUGUUUUUAUAUUUGGCAUCUGUGAAAAAUGCUAUUUCCCCUCUCCCUUCGCAGUAGAUAUGAAAUAGUAAAAAUAGAGCUACUGUUUGCAUUGAUACCUUUCUUAACUUCAGAGUAGCUGCUGGAAUGCAGGAGAGGUUGGUUCUUGUGAAGUGGGGCCAUUCUAUAACUUCCUGCUAAGGUACAAUUGUCCUUGUUUUCUUCUGCCUGUUUGAACUAAUGUGAAAUAAUUUUUGCCUUCUAUAUACGGACUUCUAUAUUGCUGCAAAAAAUAAUCCUUCUGAGAUGGAAAUGGAGCAGAGCAGCCCCUCAACAUCCAGUCACCGUCCUUUUAUCUGCUCCCCUCGGCUGGGGCCCCCCAAGGUGUGGCUGUGCUUCCCUGUUCCCUGUGGGGCCCAAGGAGUCAGUCCCUGCCAUUGUGGGGGCUCUCGAGGCCCUGGGUCAGUCU